AAUGCCACUUAGUCUCAAUUCACAUCUCUGACCUAUCCAACAGGAGUCUCUUGUGACAAGUGAAGGUUUAUGAAUAACAGGUUGUGAAAGAAUUCAAACACACAGGUGUUGCCUGGCCCUUGGAUCACAAUAAUAACAUGUCAGACGCAGACAUGACUGAGAUACAAUUCAAGGAAUUUGAAAUUGACAACAAGUCGCAGACGCCCAAAACACACUGGUACGAAAAAUAUGUCCAACCCUGUGUAGCGGAGCUGGUGGGCACAGCAUUGUUUGUCUUUGCGGGCUGUGUCUCGGUCAUUGAGAAUGGAGACACGACAGGCAGACUGCAGCCAGCGUUGGCACAUGGACUUGCACUUGGACUUACCAUCGCCAUCCUUGGAGGAAUAAGCGGUGGCCAUUUCAACCCUGCAGUGUCUCUUGGUGCGUGGAUUAUUGGAGGACUCAACCUCAUAUUGGUUAUUCCUUACUGGAUUUCCCAGCUCUUUGGUGGGAUGAUCGGGGCAGCACUGGCCAAGGCCAUAACACUGGGCAGCGUUUAUAAUGCGUCCACGGGAGCAGCUUUCACAACGGUGACCAGAGACAGUGAACUCCCCCGGGCGAUCGGCGCCGAAAUCAUCAUGACAUUCUUCCUGGUCAUGGCGGUCUGCAUGGGCGCUAUCAACAAACAGACAAGCACGCCACUGGCACCAUUCUGCAUUGGGUUCACUGUCACCGUAGACAUUUUGGCUGGGGGUGCGAUCUCUGGAGCCUGUAUGAAUCCUGCCCGGGCUUUCGGUCCAGCCGUGGUGGCCAACUACUGGGAUUAUCACUGGUUGUAUUGGGUUGGACCCAUGGUAGGAGGUCUGUUGGUUGGAGGAAUCAUAAGGCUUCUGCUGGGAGACCAGAAAAUACGCCUAUUUCUGAAGUGACAUCACUAAAAAGGUUAUGUCCGCUCAGAAUAUAUACCAGGACAUUGUAUCUUAACCUCAACUCAUGAACCUUCAACAGAGUCCAAGAGAACUUGGCAUGACCAAGAUUUGGUGACCACUUAGCGUUCUGUCAACUAUCGUACCAUGGACAACUUACAGAGCUUUGGAUAGGAGAACAACAUACAUUUUAAGGAAUUACAAGCCUCCCUAUUAUCACAAGGCUUGUAACUGGACUACAAAAUCGUAAUCUUAUCACUGUAUAACCUGCGCAAAUAGUUCAAGAUCUAGUUUUGCUCCUACCCCAGAGCAUUCUUUGAUAUGUCAGCCAUUUUGCCGAUUUUCUUUGUCAACAUUAUAUUUCAGAAACGUAGAUCCCUUCGAAACAAUAAUGUUGAUUUUACAGUCAUGUUGCUGACAGAAAUCUUAAUACCCCUAAGACAUUUGACCACUGUGUGGUUAGGUCCUAAAACUCUUUAAUUUCAAAUAUUUGUAAAACUUGUUCUAAUUUUUUAUUAUUACAAAUUGCAUGACCCUGGGAACUGACCUGGUUGAAAAAUAUUAUUGCAUAAUAAUCAGAUCUUUAAUUGAAUGUUUACGUACAAUAGAAUCCCUCCUUUCACCAUACCGU